AGCGCACUGUUUGAUUCAGGCACAACCAGUAUCUUCAUAAAUCAGGUCUGGGCAGAGCAAAUUGGACUCCCCCUCAUCAAGUUAGAUGUAUUCAUUCCUGUCUAUAACAUUGACGGUACACUUAACGCGGGUGGCUGUAUCACGCACAAAUGUUCUUUUGUUGUUGAGUGCCAAGGACACAGAGAACGAGUCACCGCCAAAGCUACCCAACUAGGGAAGAUUAAUUUAAUCUUAGGCUGGACCUGGCUUUUUAAACACAAUCCUGAGAUUGACUGGCAGAUAGGGGUUGUCACAUUGUCA